AUCCAUGUCUCUCUCCAAAUACGUUCCACCAGGAUUUUCUUCUCCCCUUGGUUAGUCGGAUUAAAAAUAAGGAACGAAUGGCAAAACCGUAUUCCCCAAAACAUCCUUAAAACUGCACCUACUUUGCUUACUUGGCCACUUCUCUUCCAAUCCAACCAUGUCCAUUUCGGUAAUAAAAGACAUACGAUCCAGCGCGACCGACUUAAUUGGUACCACCCACAAAUCACUUGCGUGUCAGAAUGUAAUUGGACGAUCCUGAUUUUGAUACUUAUUAGGAUGUAGAUCCUUCAUAUUUAGCAGAUCAAAUAUAUCUGGCUAAGUCGUCCACGUUGGCACUACCACUAGACUAAUCUGGAAAGAUAUUGCACUUUUUUCUCUUUCUCCUUUUCCCUUUUUUUUUUCCCCCUGACAAACAGCCCUCAUUUUAGCACAAAAUAUCUUCUGCUUUCACCCUCCUUUCUGUUCUAAAUAACACCCGAUAAAUUGUUCCAAAAGUUUUAAAAAUCUCUAAUUUGAAGGUCAAAAGCUGAAAAUAAGUAUGGGAGGAGAAGUGAAGAUUGGUGUAUUUGAAGCUAACGGCCGAGACGAUGAAGCCAUCGCAACCGCCACAGACGCCGUCGUUGACGAAGAGGAUGAUGUUAACGAAAGAGUUCUUGAAUGGGAGAUGGGAUUGCCUAACUGCGAUGAUUUAACUCCGUUAUCUCAAUUGUUAGUACCACCGGAGCUCGCCUCCGCUUUCAGCAUCUCUCCGGAGCCUCGUCGGACCGCUCUUGACGUCAACCGUGCUUCUCAGGAUACCCUCUCCUCCCUCCGCUCCACCGGAGCCCACUCUUCCACUACUAAUAACAAUAACAACAACAACAAUAAUAACAAUUUCCGUUCUUUUGAUGAUCCGAUGGUAGUUGAACCGGAAGGGGACGGCUCGGGUUCGGGUUCCGGGUCGGACCCGAAGAAAAUGAGGAUGAUGGAGAUUGCAGAGGAGGCGGAUUCAGCGGUUAGGACGGCGGAGAAUUCGGACGAUCCAUCAGGGAAGACAGUGAAACGACAGCGUUUGGUGUGGACACCGCAACUGCAUAAGAGAUUCGUGGAUGUGGUGGCCCAUUUAGGGAUAAAAAACGCGGUUCCCAAAACAAUCAUGCAGUUAAUGAACGUCGAAGGCUUGACCCGCGAGAACGUGGCCAGUCAUUUGCAAAAAUAUCGUCUUUACUUGAAAAGAAUGCAAGGAUUAAGCAACGAAGGCCCAUCAGCUUCCGAUCAGCUGUUUGCAUCAACGCCGGUGCCGCAGAGUAUGCAUGCGAAUGGAGCCGGCGUCGGAGGAGGAGGAGGAAUUGGUGUCGGUGGUGGUAGCGUGAAUAGUAAUGGGCAUGUUGGAAUGACUCUACCGAUGCUUUAUGGGGCAUCAAUGAUUCCAAUGCCGAUGCCGAUGUAUGGACCUGUUCAUCAAGGAGGAAAUCAUCAUCCUCAGAAUGGAUACGAAGCCAAUUCGUAUGGGAUGAUGCAGCAGAGAGAUUGGUCCGGCGGGAAUAAAUAUGGAUUCAGGAAACUUUUGAUCUGCUUGGUGUUCAUUCACUAUUCAUAGAUUUAUGAAAACAUACAAAAGUUAUGAGUUGUGUGGACUUAUUGGGCAUGGAUCGAAUUGGUUUGCUUUGGGCAAGUUCCCGUUUCUUUGUCAAUAUUCCUAUUUUGGGGAAUUUGUGGCAGGAGGUUGUGUUUAUCCAGUUAUACAGCUUGGUGCCAACCAAGGAUAGCGGAAGGACACAUGUUGAUCCUCCGCUUUUUCUGGAGUAGAAAUGCCACAUGAGGAAUUUCUGCCAGUGGUCACUCCAACCUCCAACUUGUGUUUCUACCCAAACUUUUAGCAAUGAAGAAUUUAACAAAUCGAGCUUGGGUACUUUAUACCAUUGUUUUAUGUAGUUUUGUUGGUUUGAGAUUUCAGCUACUUUAUUCCCGAAGUUCAAAGUUUCUUGGUUCAUUGGAGUGUCUGCACAUCCUCAGGCAUUUUAUAUGGUCCCCUCCACACAUAUGGAUAAUGGAUACUCGAUAUCCUGAAUUACUUUAUUCUACCUUUUUAUGGGUAUGAUUGAGAAUCCCCAAGUUUCAUAUGGAACUUAGUUUGUGGCAA